UAUUUUUGUCCUAAAGCCCGCUAAUUUCUAAUGUGAGGGUGGGGGUGGUUCCCUUACAGCCUCUAGGACCCUGUCCCUGAAGCCUUUUCCAUGUUGAAUCUGGCGCUCUCAAUGUCCAGGCUUGGCUGAGGCGUGGGGACCGAGAAAGGGCGGGGUAGGUCGGGACGGCAGUUUAAUUACGUGCCCGGGAACUGCGACGAUUUGGACUUUUGGCACUUGCACGUAUUAAAAAGAAAAAAGUGUCGUUGGCGUGGAGUGGAGCUGGUGGAGGGUGAAUGCGCCCUUUGGGAACCACAGGACAGUGAACGUUUCGUCUGUCCCAGUGAGAAUCUCCCGCGGGCCCGGCGGCCGCUUCGGGAGCCCGGAGGGAACAUGGCGGCGCCCGGAGCCCGGGGCCGCAGCCUCUCCGGCCUACUCCCCGCGCAGACCUCGCUGGAGUACGCCUUGCUAGACGCCGUCACCCAGCAGGAGAAGGACAGCCUGGUCUACCAGUAUCUGCAGAAGGUGGACGGCUGGGAGCAGGACUUGUCUGUUCCCGAGUUUCCGGAAGGAUUAGAAUGGCUGAACACAGAAGAGCCUAUUUCUGUCUACAAGGAUCUAUGUGGAAAAAUAGUCAUCCUCGAUUUCUUCACCUACUGCUGCAUAAACUGCAUUCACCUAUUGCCUGAUCUCCGUGCAUUAGAACACACAUACUCUGAUAAAGAUGGUCUUCUCAUUAUUAGCGUUCACUCGGCUAAGUUUCCAAAUGAAAAAGUCCUGGAUAACAUUAAGAGUGCCGUUCUUCGAUACAACAUCACCCACCCUGUGGUUAAUGAUGCAGAUGCCGGCCUUUGGCAAGAACUAGAAGUUUCCUGCUGGCCAACUUUAGUCAUACUUGGACCUCGAGGAAACAUGUUGUUUUCUUUGAUUGGCGAGGGACACAAAGACAAAUUAUUUUUAUAUACUUCAAUUGCUUUAAAGUAUUACAAAGACAGGGGACAGAUCAGAGAUGACAAAAUUGGUAUAAAACUCUAUAAAGAUUCUUUGCCACCUUCACCAUUGCUAUUUCCUGGCAAAGUAACAGUAGACCAAGUUACUAAUAGAUUGAUAAUAGCAGACACUGGACAUCAUAGAAUUUUGGUCGUUUGGAAGAAUGGACAAAUUCAAUAUAGCAUUGGAGGACCCAACCCUGGAAGAAAAGAUGGAAUAUUUUCAGAAUCAACUUUUAAUUCUCCACAGGGUGUAGCCAUAAUGAAUAAUACCAUAUAUGUGGCAGACACUGAAAACCACCUUAUAAGAAAGAUUGACCUAGAAGCUGAGAAGGUGAGCACUGUAGCUGGCAUUGGAAUUCAAGGUACAGAUAAAGAAGGUGGAGCAAAAGGAGAAAAACAACCCAUUAGUUCCCCUUGGGAUGUAGUUUUUGGAACGUCAGGUUCAGAGGUCCAAAGAAAUAACAUUCUAUGGAUAGCCAUGGCAGGGACUCAUCAGAUAUGGGCACUCCUACUGGAUUCUGGAAAACUGCCUAAGAAAAACGAGUUAACAAAAGGAACCUGCCUUAGUUUUGCUGGAAGUGGAAAUGAAGAGAAUCGAAACAAUGCCUAUCCUCACAAGGCAGCUUUUGCUCAACCUUCAGGCCUUUCCCUGGCCUCUGAAGAUCCCUGGAGCUGCCUGUUUGUAGCAGAUAGUGAGAGCAGUACAGUGAGAACCAUUUCGCUGAAAGAUGGAGCAGUGAAGCACCUCGUGGGAGGAGAAAGAGACCCCAUGAAUUUAUUUGCUUUUGGUGACAUCGAUGGAGUAGGAAUCAAUGCAAAGCUUCAACACCCCCUUGGAGUAACGUGGGACAAGAAAAGAAAUUUACUUUAUGUGGCAGACUCCUACAAUCACAAGAUUAAAGUCGUGGAUCCAAAAACAAAAAACUGUACAACAUUAGCAGGGACUGGAGACACACAUAAUGUUACCAGUUCCAGUUUUACCGAGUCAACUUUUAAUGAACCAGGAGGCUUGUGUAUUGGAGAGAAUGGACAAUUACUGUAUGUAGCAGACACCAAUAAUCAUCAAAUUAAAGUGAUGGAUUUAGAAACAAAAAUGGUAUCUGUGCUUCCCAUCUUCAGAUCCGAAAAUGUUGUGGUAGAUGGCCCAUUUCUAGUAGAAAAACAGAAGACAUUACCCAAAUUACCUAAAUCUGCUCCAAACAUUAGACUUUCCCCCGUGACUGUGUGUGCUGGCCAGACUCUUCAGUUCAAACUCAGAUUAGACCUCCCGUCAGGAUCAAAGCUAACUGAAGGGGUACCCAGUUGCUGGUUUCUAACAGCUGAAGGCAAUGAAUGGCUGCUUCAAGGACAGAUACCAUCUGGAGAUAUAGAGAACAUUUCCAAUCAACCAACAAUUUCACUACAGAUUCCUAAUGAUUGUUUAGCACUUGAAGCCAUUAUAUCUGUCAGCGUGUUUCUUUAUUACUGUAGUGCAGACAGCAGUGCUUGCAUGAUGAAGGCAGUUUUGUUCAGUCAGGCUUUACAAAUAACUGAUACCCAGCAAGGUUGCAUAGCUCCAGUAGAGCUCAGGUAUGUAUUUUAGCCAGCCAGCUAGCUAGCAACCCAUUGCCACCACCUGCUGUCCCCAUCCUAUCGCUGUAAUUUAAUGAAAGAAAACUUCACUUCUGCCUCUGGAUACCCAGAUGCCCUUUGCUCAUUUCUAACAACUGAUAUUAAAAUAAAGCUAUGCUUCUUAUUUACUUUUUU